AUGAGCGAUAAUGCUAUAUACCAAAAUAAAGUACCUCCAUUAUCUAUUUGCGAGUUUCUUAUUGGGGAACAAUGCCCCCAUGCUUUUCUUUCAGAGAACUCUGAAUUUAGUUCCAACCAACAUCUAGUUUUGCGCUCAAAAUUAGAAGAACUUACCCAUCCUUCAGUGAUUGCGAAGAGAAAAUUUAUAUCAUCAUCUAAGCUAAAUCCUCCAGAAUCUGUAACUAAAGGACUAGUAAGUCACUGGGGAGGUAGUGCAGGAAUACUUGCAACUUUAUUUUUAAGUGGUGAAGCUCGUGAAGUUAAUUGCCAUAGGAUGCUCCAAUCACAGACAAAUACCUUCAUUUCAGGUCAAAAAUAUGUUUUAAAAACCAUGAAAAUCCCAGUAUAUGAAACUGUGGGCCAUUUAUUACUAAGAUCGAAGAAAAAUGAAACGUCCACUUCAAUCAAUCCCUUAAAAAUAUCAACAAUAAAGUUUGGGAUCAAAGCAGGAGGUAAACUUCGAUAUUCUUUAAAUUGUCCGGAAACUAAUCUAUUGAGGCUAAAAGAACGAUCUGAGAUAGUACUUAGAGAUGUUAAAACUAUGAAAGCUGCAUCAUCACCUCAAGAGGAAUGCAUGCUUAACUUUUUGAAGUUACAGACUAUGUAUCGUAGAUAUGGUUUGGAAAGUUUAGGUUGCUCCGUUGAAACCACUUAUGAUGCUAUUUUGUCAGACGCCAUAAAAGCAGAUAUUGAUAUCGAUGGGCCCAUUGAUCCGGAAAUUGUAAUACCAAUUGUAAUGGCUAAUAAUAUUUUCAGAAAAGAUUUCAGAAGGUUUUUGAAUGGUUCAUCUAUCCCAUAUAAUCACUUUAAGAAAAACCCAUUUAUCUUACCUAGUAAACAAAAGAAGUAUGCUCCCUAUGAUUGGUCCAAAUACAAAGACAAUAAGGUAAUUAAAGAUAAUUUACCUGAGUUACUUACUGUUUGGAAAACACCCUUAACCUUGCGUUAUUUUGCUUCAGGAUNNNGAAGUCAGCUUUAUUACUUCACAGGCCAACUAUUGUCUGAUAAUCUUUAUCUUGAAUAUUAUUAUAACUGGGAGAAAUUCGAAUUACAUCCAUUUAAGUAUUCUUUUCCAGAGUUGAAUAAAUCUCUAAGCAACGCUUUUAAUUUUUGGUUUGAGAGAAAAGAAAUUAUGCAUCCUAAUCACCAGUAA